CUCCAGACACAUCACUUCUGUCCCUCAGCUAACAGGCUUUAGCGAUGGAAGGCACCGCUCCGAGCGCACGGACGGCCGCGGGAGCUGUGACAGCUGUGACAUUUAGAGGCUGAGUGGGAGCAAGGGCCGGGAGAAGGUAGCUCAGCGUGGCUGAGGUGCCAGCCGAAUCCUCCGGCCAAAUUAUGUGGUUUUAAUGCUUUGCCCCUUGCACACAGCUGUUUACCCGCUUUUUAAAAUAAUCUAAAAAACUGGAUUCUUUUACUUUUCUUUACAGGAGGUUACAGUAAAGAACUUGAUGUCAUUUGAACAUGACAAUUAAGCCUCUGAUGAAACAUUAGCCAGGCAAUAGAGAUAGGAUUACUUGCUGCAGAAAGAAGCAUCACUGCACUACAGCAUAAUGAAGCUGUUACUUGCAGCCAUUUCAGGAUGUUGUCGCUGCAAAACGUAUUUUAGACUUUGAUUUUUAACAGUACAGAUUAAUUGCUGGAGCUUCAAAAUACAAAGAGAAGUAUUUUGAAAUGCCUGCUAUUCAGCUGUGGAUUUCGGAGCACAAGAAAAAAUGGGAAAUAUGUCUGACUGCUGCAGAGAGGCCUUGGAGAUGAUCCCUUGAAAGCACUAGAAUGCCCGGCUGCUUUAAAAAGGCGUUAUUUGCCUUGGCUUCUCUAAUAAGUUUUGUGUCUUUUAUCUUAAUUGUUGUUGCAAUGGGGACCCCAAAGUGGAUGACAGGAAAGAUUCUUUGCAAAACAGGAGCUGAUUUGGUCAAUGCCACAGAUCCAGAGCUGGUCAAGUUCAUUGGAGAAAUUUACUAUGGACUCUUUCGGGGCGGCAAAAUACGCCAGUGUGGGUUGGGCGGGAGGCGUUCCAAAUUCACAAUUUUCCCACACAUGGUGAAAAAGCUGAAUACAGGUUUGCAUGUGAUGAUCAUAAUGUUCCUCUGUGUGGCCAUUUGCUUUUCUCUGGUCAGUUUUGGAUUCUGCAUUCUUAAUGCAAUAAAAGUUCCUUACCGGGCUAUUAAUGGUCCAGCAGGAGUAUGCCUUUGGAACUUCCUUGCAGGUGGAUUUGUAGUACUUGCAGUCACCAGCUUUAUGGCUGCUGUGAAACUUCAUCACCUCACAGAAAGAAUUGCCAAUUUUCGGGAAAAUGUUUUUCGAUUUGUUAUCUUAGAAGAACGCUUUGAAGACUGUUUUUGGAUUUGUGUGGCAAGUGCCACAGCACACGCAGUGAAUUUGCUGCUAAUAGCCAUCAGUGGGAUUAAUUUUCCUAAAAUUAAGCCUAAAACAGAAGAAGUGAAUGUUACAGCAGAAGAUAUCAUGUACUAAUAAAUCUAUACAAAACUA